AAAACUGAGAAGGAGGCGUCGUUAGCCGGUUUGUUUUUCCACUGAAAAUUGUCUUACUCUUUUUGUGGUCAAAAAUGCUGAGACUAGCCAAUAAAUAUAUAUUUAUGAUACUCUCCUGCAUAUCCUUGACUAAAAGUGAUAAUUUAGAAGUAGAUUCAAACGGAUAUAUUGCGUAUUGUCCGUGCAUGGGACGCUUUGGCAAUCAAGCAGAUCACUUCCUGGGUGCUUUGGCAUUUGCCAGACACAUAAAUAGAACACUGAUCCUGCCUCCAUGGGUUGAAUAUCGACAGGGACAGGCCAAGUCGAUUCAGGUACCCUUCGAUAGAUACUUCCAAGUUGAGCCCCUCAGGGAGUAUCAUAGAGUGAUUCUUAUGGGUGAAUUUAUGGAGAGUUUGGGGAAGGAUGUAUGGCCCGAGGAGAAGAGGAUAGCAUUUUGCUACAUGGCCAGAAAAGCUCUGGAUGGCAGGGAGACAAAUAGUUGCAAUGCCAAGGAUGGCAAUCCAUUUGGGGCUUUUUGGGAUGAAUUUGACAUUGAUUUUGUCAACUCUGAGUUCUAUGGUCCCCUGAACUAUGAUGUCCACCAUGGAGAUGGGACUGCGAAAUGGAUGGAGAAGUAUCCGGCAAGUAAAUUCCCCGUGCUAGCUUUCAGUGGAGCUCCAGCAUCGUUUCCUGUCCAGAAGGAGAAUAUUGGACUGCAGAAGUACUUGAAAUUCAGUGAGACAGUUUUGCAGAGGGCUCAGAAUUUCCGGAAGGAAAACCUACCACGGGGAGCUUUCAUGGGGAUACAUUUGAGGAAUGGAAUUGAUUGGGUGAGAACUUGUGAGCACACUAAAGACAGCCCCAAUCUCUUUGCUGUGGCCCAAUGUGUUGGGUAUCGCAAUGAGAAGGGUUCCCUGAGCCAUGAGAUGUGUUUCCCAUCCAAGGACACAAUAAUCCGGCAGCUGAAGCGAGACAUGAAGAAGUACAAAGAAAUCCAUCAUGGAGAUGAAAUUCGGAGUGUUUUUGUGGCCUCAGACAGCAAUCACAUGCUCCAGGAUUUCACAGAAGCCUUCAAGAGGAUGGGAGUGAGUUUUCAUAGACUCCCAGAAGAUGAUCCACAUCUCGAUCUUGCCAUUCUGGAGAUGUCUAAUCACUUCAUUGGGAACUGUGUUUCGUCCUAUACGGCUUUUGUGAAGCGAUCCCGGGACGCUAAAGGACUCCCUUCGUCCUUCUGGGCUUUCCCGCCACGACCCAAGGGUAAUUCCGCCAAGAGGACUCCCACUCACGAGGAACUGUAAAAACACCGCGGAGUUGGGGAUUUUUUUCUGUGCUGAGUGAUUGAUGAAGAAUGUCGCGAAUGAGAUCAUUUUUGCUGAGACAAAGAGAGCAGUGCGCCGGAUUGGAGAAAUUCUGCGACGAUGACCCCACUCGUGACCCCGAAGAGCUUGUGUGUGGGACAGCAAUACAGGUAAGUGACUCUUUUUGCCGUUUCUCUAACUCCGCGCUUCAAAUAUCAAAUACCCAAUUCAUUGUUUUUGCAUCUGCUGUGAGAUCAGUCUAACACAAACACACGACUGAUUCUUUGGUAGUUCCGAUGUUACAUUCCAUCAAUGAGUGCACGGUUGCAUGAUCAAUUUAUGCCUUGAGUAGUUUUUUGUCAAGUGCCAUUUCUUUGCUUUGUAUUUAUCAAGAAUUUGAUUCUUCAGCAAAAGUCCAACUAGCAAGAAUACCUUGAUUGUUUUUCGAAGAUAUCAAUUUCUUACAAAAAAAAAUACACACAAGAACGCUCUACCAUGAAAUGAUGUCAUAAGCUUCUAUAAAUUGAAUUGCCUAUAAAAUGAAAUCAUCCAUUUUACGAUAAUUCUUCACAUUUGCAUGAAAUUUCUGUCACAUGGGCAAAUACAAAACUAUUAUAUUUACUCAGAAAUAUGGUACUUACAACAGAGCUCGUUUGUAGCUUGUUUAAAGAUUUUCAAUUUUUUUAAGCUUUUUGGAAAUAAUAAUAAUUAUCUUAUGAUUGUUUCGCUUAAGUUCUGCAGCGAGAAGAUAAUGUUAUCUGUAUUUUUUGAGAGGGUUUCGGUCAAAAUCGUUAAAGUCGAAAUUCCCAGUGGAUCGAAAUUCCGAAAAGUCAAAAUACGGAUAGCCAAAAUCUUGAAAAGUCAAAAUCCAAAAAGACGAAAUCCCAAAAAGGCUAAAAUCCCGAAAACCAAAAUCCCGAAUGGGGCAAAAUCUUGAAUAGCUAAAGUUAUGAAUAGCGGAAACCUUGGAAUACAAUAACCCGAAAGCAAAAAUCACGAAUGGAUCGUAAUCCCUAAUGGCCCCAAUCAAAAAAAGUGAAAAUACCGAAAAACUAAGAUUCUGAAAGCCAAAAUUCCUAACGAUAAAAUAUACCGAAAAUCUAAUAUUCCGAUAGCCAAAAUUAAAAAAGACAAAAUCAAAGACAAAAUUCUGAAUGGGGCAAAAUCUUGAAUAGCGAAAAUCCCGGAAUACAAUAACCCGAAAGCAAAAAUCAUGAAUUGAUGGUAAUCGCUAACGCCAAUAUUCCUAACGCUAAAGUAUACCGAAAAGCUAAGAUUCCGAUAGCCAAAAUUAAAAAAGACAAAAUCCGGAAAAGGCCAAAAUCCCGAAAAGCUAAAAUUCUGAUCAGGUCAAAAUCCU